AUGCGGUUUUCCAAAUGUAAUUGGAACUGUGGACGGUCCCAUAUCAGAAUUCCCUCUCCAUCUAAUAAUCAAGGGAAAUACAUUAACAGGAAGGGAUGUCAUUCUAUACAAUUACAGGCUGUCUGUAAAGAAGAUACACGCUUCAUUGACUGUUAUGGAGGAUGGCCAGGCAGCGUUCACGAUGUCCGUGUCUUCAGAAACUCUGACCUUUAUGACAAUGGACCAACACUCUUUGAUUUCCUGGAAGAAAUGCUGGCUAAGGAUGAUGAGAAUGAUAUAGGUUUUCAUGGACCUCAUAUUCAAGACAACGCAGGCACCUUAAAACGCAACAGAAUUGCAGCUGUUCUGUUCAGAGACAGACCACAUUUUAAUCGUCUUCACAGAGGCUUCAACAAGAAGAGAAAUGCAAAGGGACUUUGUAGUGAUUAUACUGUUGAGUACAGGUGUGUGGUCUGUCUCUUAUACCUCUUCUGCGUGACGUAUAGUGGACUGACACGUUUACAAAGAACCCUGAAGUCGAAUCCAUUACCUCCAAAUUACAAGAGACCCGUACAAACUAAAACGACAUAUCCUUUGACUUUAAAAACAAGAUAUAUAAUCAACAAUGUAAAUAUGUGUCGCAGCCAUAAGAAGGUGUCAGCACUAGUCUUUGUUCACAGCGCAGUUGAGAAUUUUUGGAGAAGAAAAGAGAUGCGGGCGACAUGGUUGAAUAUUUCUCACUAUAGUCCAGAAACUGUGUGUGUGAUAUUUCUGGUAGGGACAACACAUAAUAUGGACAUGCAAGACACGUUACUUAUGGCGAGCAGGACACACCGCGAUAUCAUCCAAGGUGACUUCAUAGACUCGUACAGAAACUUGACAAACAAGGGCGUCAUAGGAUUGCGUUGGAUCGCGGAGAAUUGUAUGAAUGUCGAAAUCGUAAUCAAGGUUGAUGAUGACUCCUUUAUCAAUCUAUUCAAAUUCUUUGAAAAUUAUGCAUUUUUGAAAAAUCGAAAAAGGCUUAUAUUUUGCAAUGUAUGGGAACCAAACUCCAUGGACAUAAUUCGAAAUAAAAGCAGCAAAUGGUCCGUGAGCGACACAUUUUAUUGGGGACAUGAACGAUAUCCACUGCAGUAUUGUAGUGGGUCUGUGGUCUUGCUCUCUACAGAUCUAGUCCGUCCUCUGUACCAAGCCGCGCACACGGCGCCAUUUUUCUGGAUUGAUGACGUUUAUCUGUUCGGAAGUCUACCGUCCUUUCUAAAAGGCGUGACGUUUGUGUCAUUCGGUGAGAGGUUAUCUUUUCAAUAUUCACAAGCACACGAUUGUUACAGACAUCUUAUGGGGAAAUGCAAGUAUCUUGUUAUGCAGGUAAAUGACGGUGAGAUUCUUGAAAUGUGGAUGGCUGUUGUUUACGACAGGUUUCAGAGUAUCUUUGAAUAUUAUUAUUAUUUUGAAUGA